CUCAGAGUCCCCCACUCCAGAGCGGAAAACAGGCGCAUGGCACAAAGGGGUGUGCACGGAAACGACAAUAUGAUGCAGAGCUGUGAGACAAAGGGUCUCUUUUAGCGUAUUUUAGCGAUUUAUUGAGACAACUAAUUAUUAAGUGUUUUGAGUUUUGAGAUCAGAUGAAUUGUACACCUAGUGUAAUUCGUAUAGUGCUAUUUAUCUUGUGAAACAGACUGGAGCGAUAAAGAUAAACUCUUUCAGGGAUGUUUUUGUGUGUAACUCUCCUGACUGUCCUAUACAACUUUAUGGAAUCUCAAUCAGAGCCACUACAGGUGAUUGGUCCAGAAGCUCCUCUUGUUGCAGCAGCUGGUGAAGAUCUGGUUCUGCCCUGUUUCAUCAAACCCAGCACCAGUGCUGUGGACAUGACAGUGGAGUGGUUGAGACUAGAGGAAGAGGCUUCAUUAGUGCAUCUCUAUAGGGAUCAUGAAGAUAAAAAUGAAGAUCAGGCUCAGUCCUACAGAGGAAGAACAUCACUGUUUAAAGAGGAGCUACAGAAAGGCAACGCUUCACUCAAACUCUCAGCUCUCCAAGUCUCUGAUGAAGGAGAAUAUAAGUGUCUCAUUGAGGACAAAUCCUGGUAUGAUGACAUCACUGUUCAUGUUAUUGUUGAGGUUCUGGGAAGCCACCCAGUGAUCAGGAUGGAGAGUUAUGAUAACUCAGGAGGGAUUAAUCUAGUGUGUGAGUCCAGAGGCUGGAAACCUGAACCUGAGGUUCUGUGGCUGGACAGAGAAGGAGCCACUCUGCCUGCUGAAGAUACACAGAUACACAGAGACACUGAGGGCUUCAGUGUGAAAAGACGCAUCACUGUUUAUGAGUCCAACAGGUUUUACUGCAGACUUCAACAAAAACAUCACAUGAUGGAGACAGAUAUUACCAUUAAUAGUGAAGUCUUUGGUGUUUGUAAGAGGCCUGUCUACAUUGCAGUUUCAGCAUGUCUUGUUGCUGGAUUGCUAGUAACAUGUCUUUUUGGACUGAUACUAACUGCUUUUGGUUACAAGAAAGAACAUCAAAAACACAAGCAAAGUGCAGAGCUUCUAAUGAAGAAGUUGUUUGCAGUGGAUGUGACUCUGGAUCCUGAUACAGCUCAUCCUCAACUCACUGUGUCUGCUGAUGGAAAAGAAGUGACACAUGGAGACACACAACAGGAUCUCCCUGAUACACCACAGAGAUUUAAUUAUCUCUGUGUUCUGGGACAGCAGAGUUUCUUUUCAGGGAGAUUUUAUUUUGAGGUGCAGGUCAGAGGGAAAACUGCAUGGACAUUAGGAGUUGUAAGAGAGAACAUUAAAAGGAAGGACAGGAUUCCACGGAGUCCUCAGACUGGAUUCUGGACUGUGGGACUGAGGAAUGAGAAUGAAUAUAAGGCUUAUGCUGAUACUGAUGUCCCCCUCACACUGAGAGAGAAGGUGGAGAAGGUGGGGGUGUUUGUGGAUUAUGAGGAGGGUCUGGUGUCCUUUUAUGAUGUGAAGUCCAGCUCUCAUAUCUAUUCUUUCACUGGUCAGUCUUUCACUGAGGAACUUUAUCCAUACUUUAGUCCUUGGUAUAGUGAAAAUGGUAAUUCAGCACCACUGAUCAUCUCUGCUGUGAUGGAGAUAUGCAAGGGAGUGGCACCUGAGCUCACGGCAAAGAUAAGUGAGGCGGUGGAUGUAGCUCAUAAACUGGGCAGGCCCAUGUUGCCAGGGAUGUUUUUGUGUGUGACUCUCCUGAAUGUCCACAACUUUAUGGAAUCUCAAUCAGAGCAAUUACAGGUGGUUGGUCCAGAAGCUCCUCUUGUUGCAGCAGCUGGUGAAGAUCUGGUUCUGCCAUGUUUCAUCAAACCCAACACCCGUACUGUGGACAUGACUGUGGAGUGGUUGAGACUAGAAGAAGGGGCUUCAUUAGUGCAUUAUUAUAAGAAUCACAGAGACAGAAAUGAAGACCAGGCUCAGUCCUACAGAGGAAGAACAUCACUGUUUAAAGAGGAGCUACAGAAAGGCAAUGCUUCACUCAAACUCUCAGCUCUCCAAGUCUCUGAUGAAGGAGAAUAUAAGUGUCUUAUUGAGGACAAAUCGUGGUAUGAUGACAUCACUGUUCAUGUUAUUGUUGAGGUUCCAGGAAGCCACCCAGUGAUCAGGAUGGAGAGUUAUGAUAACUUAGGAGGGAUUAAUCUAGUGUGUGAGUCCAGAGGCUGGAACCCUGAACCUGAGGUUCUGUGGCUGGACAGAGAAGGAGUCACUUUGCCUGCUGAAGAUACACAGAUACACAGAGACACUGAGGGCUUCAGUGUGAAAAGCUGCAUCAGUGUUUAUGACUCCAGCAGAUUUUGCUGCAGACUUCAACAAAAACAUCACAUGAUGGAGACACACAUUAUUAUUAAUAAUAACGUCUUUGGUGUUUGGAAGUUGGCUGUCGGCAUUUCAGUUGUAGCAUGUCUUAUUGCUGUUGGAUUGAUAGUAACUGUGUUUUUUGGUUACAAGAAAGUAUCAGAGCUUCAACAGGUGAAGCAACAUGCAGAGCUUUUAAAGAGGAAGUUGUUUGCAGUGGAUGUGACUCUGGAUCCUGAUACAGCUCAUCCUCAACUCACUGUGUCUGCUGAUGGAAAACAAGUGACACGAGCAGAGAGACAGCAGGAUUUCCCUGAUACACCAGAAAGAUUUAUGUAUCUCUGUGUUCUGGGACAGCAAAGUUUCUCCUUAGGGAGAUUUUAUUUUGAGGUGCAGGUCAGAGGGAAAACUGCAUGGACAUUAGGAGUUGUAAGAGAGAACAUUAACAGGAAGGACAGGAUUCCACGGAGUCCUCAGACUGGAUUCUGGACUGUGGGGCUGAGGAAUGAGAAUGAAUAUAAGGCUUAUGCUGAUGCUGAUGUCCCCCUCACACUGAGAGAGAAGGUGGAGAAGGUGGGGGUGUUUGUGGAUUAUGAGGAGGGUCUGGUCUCCUUCUAUGAUGUGAAGUCCAGCUCUCAUAUCUACUCUUUCACUGCUCAGUCUUUCACUGAGAAACUCUAUCCAUACUUCAGUCCUCGAUACUUAGCAGAUGGUAGUAAUUCAGCACCACUGAUCAUCUCUGCUGUUACUGAAUAAAUAUCUGUUUACAUUCUAUAACACUGAUGAACACUAAUAAUUUGCUCAUUGUGUGAUUUCAGCAGUUAAAAUCAGAUUAAGGCCAUUAUUAGAUUUCAAGAAAUUUAAUGAAGUCACAUGGAUGUUACUGGAUUAUUUAGAGUUUGUGUGCUGCUGAUCUGAUCCUCUUAGAAACUCUUAAAGAAUGAAAGGAUUUAGAUGCAACAUGAAGCUGAAUCAGAUGCGUCAGUGAAGCUGCCAUCUUCCAAAGUGCUACUUUCUAGCUCUCACUUGAAUUGAAUUUAGAGUGUUAACUAACAUUUUCUCUGCCACUAAGAAUCACCACUUAUUAUAGUUCAGGUUCUGACACUUUGGCAGGUGUAUAGCUGUUAAAGAGGUAGGGCACUGUGGUUUCUCUCCUACCAUGCGGAAGGCCUGUGUUUGAUUCCCAGCCAGUGCCCAAGCCCCAGCCACUGGAUGAAGUGCCGGUCCCAAACCCGGAUAAAAUUGGAGGGUUGCAUCAGGAAGGGCACCCGGCAUAAAACCUGUCCCAAGUUGUUGAGCGGACCAGUUGGCCUGCUGUGGCGAUCCCUCGCAUACAACGUAGCAGUUAAAGAGGUGUUUUCAGGUUAGGAUGCUGUUUAAUGCUGUUUAUUUUCUCCACAUGAUGUCGGUUCUUAGUGAAUGUUCUUCAUAUUUGGUAAAUGAUCAGUAAGGUUGGUUUUGUAAUUGGUUUUGUGAAUGUAUUUGGAUUAGACCUGCAUCCCUCCACAGACCUACAGUUUUAAUCUCAGCUGAAGUUAUGGAGCAUUCACUAACAUGGCAGUAGUUAGUAACUGUGACUAAUGUGGCAUUUACAGAUUUCUGGAUACAGAUUUACAGAUUUCUGGAUGUCUUAUAUGAAGAAGAUACAGUUUUUUUUAUGAUAUAAGGUUUAUUGUUAUUCUUUUUGUUGCAUAAUUUAAAAAUAUAUAGUGCACUAUAUUGGACUUCUCAGCAUAUUUGCAUUUAAUACUAUCUUCCUGUUUGAAUGUUGCUAUAUUAAUAUAUCCUAUACAUAUUACUAAUAUAUACUGAACAAAAUUAUAAAUGUAACAGUUUUGUUUUUGCCCCAUUUUUCAUGAGCUGAACUCAAAGAUCUAAGACUUUGUCUUUGUAGACAAAAGGCCUAUUU